AAAAAAAAUUUAAAUUAACAAGUCACUCCCAACUCAGGAGGGAGUUGGAAUUGUUUAAACAUAACUGAACGUAACUCUGUAACUCUGUAGGUGAUAUUUUCACGAAGCGGCUCAACCGCGUCAACCAUAAAACUCUUACAUAAUGAAUAUUAAAAAAUUGAGUGCCACUAAAAAUUGAUGAAAAAAUAAAUUAUUCCAAGAAACUACUUGAGCGUACUAAAAUGACCUUGGUAUAGUGGUAACGGGGCCCCGUAGAAUGGACAACUUUUCGUUCGGCAGGUGAUCCAAAACUAUGAGCCUCUACGACCCGUUUCAAGAUAUCGAAAAUUUUAUACACAAAAAUCACCUUAAUACUAAACACGAACAGGAACUCGAUCCAGAACUCGCCAGAGAUCUAAACGACCUCUUAGAAGAUUGCAAAAAGUAUAAUCAAGACCAUGUCGGGGGAUACUUGGAUAAUUCUUGGCUGGAAGAUGAAGGGGAAUUUUUAUUUUCAAAUUCGAGGGAAUCUUUACAAUUGGUGGAAGCUGUAAUAAGCACUUGUACUCAAACUUCGCCGUCGGAGAGCUCAACAAAUUUGACUUGCACAUCAGAUUCAUCUUUGUCUCCUUGUGUAACGUCGGAUUUAGAUGGGGAAGAAGGGGUCGAUCGUGGCGGUUGUGCGGUUAGUUUUCCAGUGGAAAGGAGGCGAUCGGAACGACGGAAGUCCUCUUCUACGUCGGUAUUGAAAAAAAUAACCAAGGUGAAAACACAACUCCGAUCCCAGUCUGAUAGGCACCUGUCUGAGAUCGAAGCAACCGAAGCUUGUAAAUGGUUAAGAGCAGCUGGAUUUCCUCAAUAUGCCCAAAUGUACGAAGACAUGCAGUUUCCAAUCGAGGUCGCAGCCGUGGAGCAAGAUCACCCGCUUCUUGAAUCCAGCGUUCUUCACUCCUUAUAUCGACGGCUUCAUAUUCUCAAUAAAUGCGCGCAGUUCCACCAACAGAGGGUGUCGCGUUCCGACGAUUCCGAAGACGAACAAUGCGCUUUAAGCGAAAAUUGGGCUUAUCAAAAGGAUAUUCGGAGAUGGUCAAGAACCGUAGACUUGGAAAACGAGGAGGAAACUGCAUCUUUAGGAACAGAAUCGGAAAGUUUAAGGAGAGGCAGCUAUCAAAAGGAGGAAGAAAUCCCCGAAAGCCCAAGAAAUAAAUUUAAACGAGUGAUUUCGCCGAGUUGUAGAAGGAGGAGGAAUGAAAUAGUAAACAAUAAUAGUGGAUUGAACGUUCUGGAUCUUCUCUCAAAGCAAUUGAACGAUUUUAGCACCUCAGGAAAUCCUGUUUUAGACCCUGAAUCACCGUUUAGGAGGAGUAGGAGAAGAAAAACCGGGUCUUUUGAUAAAACUGAAACGUGGUUACAAUUAACAAACCCAAACGAUACUUUGUUAUGGCCAAGUCAUCAAACAAGCGAAGAUUUCGACGAAGUGCCAACUGAAAUUGAAGAAGGAGGGCGCCCAAUUUACACUUUAUCGGCAAAUCAACUCCAAGUCCUUCGAAAAUUAGCUUUGCUCAAAUUAACUGCUCACAUGGAAAAAUAUUGCCCAACACAUAAAACGGGUUGGAAUUGGGAUAUCUCAAAAUUUAUAAGAAAAAUUAAAUGUCCUGCUUAUAAAGAUAAACUUAUUUUUGGAGUUCCUAUAACCGUAAUCGUUCAAAAAACGGGUUUACCACUUCCGAAAGGAAUCGAAGAAGCUCUUAUUUGGUUAGUUAAAAACGCUGCGAAUAAUGUUGGGAUUUUUCGAAAACCCGGGGUUCGAUCGAGGAUUCAACACCUUAAAACAGUCAUUGAAGAAUAUGGUGAGAACAUUAAUUUUAACGAUCACCAAGCUUAUGAUGUCGCUGAUACCGUCAAACAAUAUUUUCGAGAGUUACCUGAAGCUGUAUUAACCAAUAAGUUAUCCGAAACUUUUAUAUCUAUCUUUCAACAUAUACCAAUUCAAUUACGCAAAGAAGCCGUUUUAUGUGGAUUAUUAUUAAUGCCGGAUGAACACCGCCAAGUACUUGAAGUAUUAUUAAAUUUUUUGAGUAAAAUAGCUGAAUAUUCGUCGGAAAAUCAAAUGAAUGAAAGUAAUUUGGCUUUGUGUUUCGCUCCAACAUUGUUUCAUCACAACCAAGUGGUAAACAGACAGGUUACGGGUAUUCCUCAUCCAAAAGAAUUGGACGAAAACAAAGCGGCCCAUGAAUGUUUAUUAUUCCUAAUAAAAAAUUUUGAUAAAUUGUUUCACGUUCCGACUGAUUUAUUAAAUCAGUGUAAUUUUAGCGAAGUUAAGUUGGUUCCUUUAAGUGUCGAGAACAACGACGAGUGGAGAUCUUACUUAGAAAAGUGUCAAUCGGCGUUGUUGAAUGAAGUAAAAGAAAAAGCUAGGGGAUGGAUUUUGAUUCCAAGUCAUUUCGAGAAGAUUGAAAUUUCUUAUAAAAAAGUCGCCGAUUCACAUCCAUUAAGGUUAUGGAAAAUUACCAUAGAAGUUGAUGCUAGUCCAAUAGAAAUCUUAAACAGAUUACUUAAAGAACGUCAUCUUUGGGAUGAGGAACUUGAUUCGACCAGGACUAUUUCUCAGGUUGAUGAGUGCACGGAUAUUUUUCAAUAUACCCGAAGAAAUGUAAAUCCACUUCCUUUAGAAGAUUACUGUGUUAUUCGUAGUUGGAAAAAAGAUAUAGGAAAAGGUGGUUGUUUAUUAGUUGAAACUUCCGUUGAACACAAAGAUUCAAUGACCAUACCAAACUCCGUAAGAGGAAUCGUUUUAGCAUCACGAUAUUUAAUAGAACCAUCAGGAUCACAUUCUUCAAAAAUAAUACAUAUGUCACGGGUGGAUGUUAAAGGUAAAAUGCCGGAAUGGUAUCACAAACAUUUCGGCCAUUUACGCGCUCAACAUAUCUACAAUUUACACAACACUUUUAAGAAACAAUCAAAGAAGUAAUAAAACUAGUCAAUUUAUUUUUUUGGUCACGAUUUUGGGCCAGUAUUUUUUAUAACAUAUAUUAAUAUAUUAGAUUACGUAAUGUUGAAAGGAUGAAUGUUAAAGUUUAUAUAAAAUGUUAACCAUUUUUUUUGUUCGUUGUAGGUAAUGAAAAGAUUAAAAGAAUCUUUGUAAUAUUAGGAAUGUAACAAAAUAACAUUCUCCAGAUAUAAAUAGAGUAUUUAUUUAUAAUUUUUCCGUUAUAAAUAAAGACUCUGCAUCAUAUUUUCUCUGUGAUUAUUUACAUUCUAUUAUUAAUAAAUGUUAAACAAACGUAUUUUUGUAAAUUUUAGCAACUAUCAUUAAUUCGUUAGGUUCUCUCUAGAUCUUUUGGCAUUCUUAAGCCUCAAUGUAAAUAUGUUUAAAAUAGAAUCUCUUGUGUGUUUAUUAUUAAUAAAAUCCUUUUUUUAUAAAA